AUGUCCGACUUCGAAGAUGAGAUGGACAUUGAUCUCCCCGUCUCCAAAGACGUCACCUUUUCCUCCAGCAAUGCAGCCAAGGGCAAGCGCAGUGCCGCCAAUCUCCCAGUUGAAGCCGAAGACAGCCUUCCAUGGGUCGAAAAGUAUCGCCCAGUCUCCCUCGACGACGUCUCUGGCCACCAAGACAUCCUCGCUACCAUCAACAAGUUCGUCGACUCGAACCGCCUUCCACAUCUCCUUCUCUAUGGUCCACCCGGCACCGGAAAAACAUCCACCAUCCUCGCCCUGGCCCGACGAAUCUAUGGUGCCGAGAACAUGCGCCAGAUGGUCCUCGAGCUCAACGCCUCCGACGACAGAGGUAUCGAUGUGGUCCGCGAGCAGAUCAAGACCUUUGCCUCAACGAAACAGAUCUUUAGUCUUGGAGCAUCGACCUCCAAGACAGGACUUGCCGGUUUCAAGCUGAUCAUUCUUGACGAGGCCGACGCCAUGACGAGCACAGCCCAGAUGGCACUGAGACGAAUCAUGGAGAAGUACACUGUCAACACCCGGUUCUGCAUUAUUGCCAACUACUCCCACAAGCUUAGCCCGGCGCUGCUGUCUCGGUGUACAAGAUUUCGGUUCAGUCCCUUGAAGGAGCGGGACAUCAGGGUGCUGGUAGACAAGGUUAUCGACGAGGAGCACAUCAAGAUCAAGCCUGAAGCGGCCGACGCGCUAGUGAAGCUCAGCAAAGGUGAUAUGAGACGAGCGCUGAACGUGUUGCAGGCUUGCCAUGCGUCAAGUACACCCCUCCAACCAAAAGACACCCCCAAAAUCCCCGAAGACCAGAUCGUCCGCGAAAGCAUCACGGUCGACACAAUCUACAUGUGCGUCGCCGCGCCACCACCGGAUGUCAUCAAGAAGAUCAUGAACACGCUGCUCAGCACGAGCGAUGUGACGGCCUGCUUGGCGGCCGUCAACAGCGUCAAGGUCACACAAGGGUUGGCGUUGGCGGAUAUCAUCACUGCGUUGUCGGAGGAGCUGGUCAAGUUGGAGGUAAAGCCAGAAGUUAUGAUCACCUGGCUUGACCUACUUGCCCAGGUGGAGCAUCGGGUAGCAGGCGGCGCCUCGGAGGUCAUACAGACUGGUGCUGUCGUUGGGGCAGUAAGGAAUGGAGUAGAGUUGAUGGGUUGA